GUUGGUUUCGCAGUUUGCUUAAUACUACAAGGUGGGGCUCUGUACACCAUGAAUUCUAUGGCACGGUGUCGCCGUAACGAGAAGGGUCAAGUUGUGGAUGCUGGACUAGAUCUAAAUCAACCUGAAGCUUUUGGAGAGUAUUGCAAAGAUGUUAUAAUUCUUUCCUCGUUUGUACUAAUCUUAUCUUUGCUUUGGUCGCCGUUCUUUCUCUUUCUGCUUUUGAUACCGGCUUACGCAUUUUACAAAUUUUGGACUGGACUACUUGCACCAUGGAUAUUUGCUCGUACGGACGAAGAAUUUGAGGACGAUAAAAAGAAUAGAAAAAGAGAUAGAAAGCUGCGAAGAACCUAG